AUGGAGAUUGGCGGUCUUCUCAACGCCCGUCACGCUGCAGCCGCAGAUGCCCACAUGAGGCAGCAACUACACCAAAAUAUGGAGUUGGACAGUCAAACCUAUGGUCUGAGCCAGUCUCAGUCCCAAUUGGGUCACCAUCACCAGCCUCAACUUCACGACCAUGGGGCCAUGUCUUAUCACUCGAUGCAGCAACAAGCCCACGGUCAAUCCCAGAUCUACUCGAGCAAUUUCGAUGCGAGACAGCAGAACCUGAAGGAAGAAGCGCAGCUGGACGAUGAUUACGCCUCCAUCAAGUCCAAAAACGAAGGCGUUUCCAAGACUUUUGCCUGCAGCACUUGUGCAAAGUCCUUUGCCCGCAGAAGCGACCUUUCUAGACAUGAGCGUAUCCAUACCAAUGACAAGCCGCACGCCUGUGACUACGCGGGCUGCGGGAAACGCUUCAUUCAACGUUCAGCAUUGACAGUACACAUGAGGGUCCAUACUGGUGAGAAGCCACACGAAUGCGAAGUUUGUCACAAGCAAUUCAGCGACUCUAGCUCCCUGGCCCGCCAUCGCCGUAUUCAUUCCGGCCAACGCCCCUAUCGAUGCCCCCACAGCUCCUGCCAGAAGACAUUCACGCGCAAAACGACCCUCACACGUCAUCAGAGUGCCCAUCGCGAUCCUUUAGACCAAACCUCGCUCGAUUCAACCAAACUAUCGAACACAUCAGCCUCGUCUCGUGCUACCACCGAGUCGCCCGGCGAGCGUACAAUGUCCGUGUCUCCGGGAGCAGAAUUGCCGCCAUUGGUCCACAUGCAACGAUCCGGCUCCGACCAUGGCUAUCUGCCGCAGCCCUCGUUGCCACCCCACAUGCGGAACGACUUCUCUGCGCAAUUCUCCCCGCGCUCGACUCCAUCAAUGAGUGGCCCAUCCCUGGCUAGCUUCACCAGCAAUCCGCAGAGCAAACCAUCUCCGACCUCACACCCGAAUGCCUAUGGUCCACCUCAACCCCUCGAGCCUCCAGCAAAUGGAACUGCCAGUGGUAGCGCCUCUCCCCACAUGAACCCGCUCAGCUGGGGCUCACCCAACCAUGGCACGCUUCCUAGCCCAAAUGCACUCGGGAAUUACGAUUACCCCGAUGCUGGCUUCGGUGGCCCCGCCCUCUACUAUCCAGGAGGCAGCAUUCGUCGACCACAGAGCACAGAGCCCGAAGACUAUGGCAUCCGACCGCGCGGCUCCCAUGCUCAGGCCCUGGCGCAGGCCCAUAACGCCGUUUCCAUGCCAAUGACCACUGAUUGGUCUACCAUGCCUGUGGGCAUGCAUGACAUCAAACAAGAGCGGUUUGUGAUCUAG